AUGGGAGUUUUUCCAGAAGAUGAUAAAAUCCGUGUCUCCAAACUCAUCAAGUUAUGGGUUGCAGAGGGAUUUCUAAAACCAGUCACAGGUAAAACCUUGGAAGAAGUGGCAGAGGAAUAUUUGGGAGAUCUAAUUUCUAGAAAUCUUAUUAUGAUUAGUGAGAAGAGUUCUAGAGGAAAGAUAAAAACCUGUAGCAUCCAUGAUAUGUUAAGGGACCUCUGCUUAAAGAAAGCCCAGGAGGAGAAGUUUUUUCAUGUCAGAGAUAAAGAUAACAUUUUUCCUGAAAGCAUAAAGUAUUCACGUCGCCUGUGUAUUCAUCCAGAUAUUCUUCACGAGGAAUUCGAAGGUUACCAGUCCAUGGGAUCCUUGCCAGCUCUCCGUUCUAUUUUCAUUUCCAGAAACGGCGGCCACAUAUUCCCUAGAGACCAGAUUAAUGAAUUAGUUGAUGGAAAACUUUUUCCACUGCUCAGGAUCAACGAGGCUGAAGUAAUAGCUAACCUUGAGUCAAAUGACGUCAAACUGCAAUUCAGAGCCUGUCGGAAUAUAACCUGGCUUAUUUCUGUUUCCAGAGGCACAAAUCCAGAUUUGAAGGAAUUCGUACCUGGAAUUGUUCCUCGACUCCGCGAGUUACUUGGUAGAGAUGAUUACCCAGUGCUUCAGCUUGAGGCAGUGAGGGCUAUAUCAGUAAUUUCAGAUUAUUUACCUGACAACAUCGAAUUCAACAUCCUGAUUGAAGAGGUUGCAGUUCCCACUAUGGCGAGCCUUCUUAGUUCUCCCACGGAUGAACUUCGCAGAAAGGCACUUCACGUGUUAGGAAACUUUGCCUCUGACUCAACAAAAUCUCGUGACCUAGUCCUUAGUCAUGAAGUGUUAAUGCCCUUAUUGGAACAAUUUAAUCAUAAAACAAAUCUAGCCAUCAUGGGUGAGGCAACGAACACAUUGUCAAAGCUUUGUCUGAGAAAGCCUCAGUUCAAGCAGGUGAAAUCUGCCAUCCUACCUCUUGCUCAUCUGAAUUGA